CAGCACGUAAAACCGGUAAAACACAUCCAAAGCGGAUUAACUGGGUUACUGUCAUCGGCUUUUUGGUUUCGGUUUCGGCUGUUUCGAAAUUUGGUAUCAAAUCGACUGAAUCAACGAAUAGCAAAAUGGAGCCAAUGACGCUGGGAAGUCCGAGUGGAAGCCCCUUACCGUCCAGUAGUGGAUAUCUACCAUCGUUUCUCAUGGGUGAAACACCAACGACGCCCCGGGCUAAUACGCUUUCGCCAACAAAAGGUAGAGCUUCAUUAGCAUUCACCCAGCCCUCCACCGUAGGACAUGGUACACAGUCUCCGGACUUUGUGAACAGAACUACUUCUGGCCUGCCUCCAAAAUUUUCACUAGUUGGAUCCAAUCUCAAUCAAUCUGGUAUGAACCACAAUACGAGUGUAUCAGGCCCGCCAACUCAAGGUCUAUUCGACUCGUUUCGGAAUGAGAAACAACUUUUUCAAACCCCAACAAAAAGUUUCCUCGCGCAGCAUCAAAAUGUAUCCGGUCCAUCGACUCCGACGUUCCACCAUUCGACCACCGAUUCUUACCUGAACCAAAGCGGAUUUAACGUUUCAAGAGUCAUGUCGCCCAUUCCAGCUGCCAGAGAACAAGAUUUCAUCCGCAAUACUUCCAUCGUUUCACCACUGUCACAAUCUCAAAUGAACUUAUCUCACGUUAAUGGUGGCUAUGACUAUUGGAUAACAGUUUUUGGCUUUCCGCAAUCUGCUUCGUCCAUGAUUUUAUCGCAUUUUUCACAGUGUGGAGCAAUAAUCGACAAACGAUUUGCGACGCAAAAUGGAAACUGGGUGCAUCUUAGAUUCACUUCCAGAUUGGAGUGUGAAAAGGCUUUGAAUUACAAUGGAAAAAUAGUUGGUCAAAACCUUAUGAUAGGAGUACAAUACUGUAACGAUCCUGCUAUUGUGGGGAAGGAAAAUAGUGAAGAACGUAAAGAAUACUCAAUCAGCCGAGUGCGUUCGCUGACCCAUGUUGCGUACAAAAAUGCACAACACUCGACAGAUGUGAUGCCAAGUGUAUCAGCACCAAAACGAAGUUCUGGAAUUGUUAAUAAAGCCAUGGAUCUUUUCUUUGGGUGGUAAAGUUCGUGAACUAUGGAAAAUAAACUUGGUUUGGCAAUUAUACUUCGGAGUGCAGUGGUUUAAUAUGUAGCUUCAAUUGAUGAAUACACACCUAUUUUUAUAACCAA